AUGAACGGGCAGCUGAACGGCUUCCACGAGGCGUUCAUCGAGGAGGGGUCGUUCCUCUUCACCUCCGAGUCCGUGGGCGAAGGGCACCCAGCCCUGCUCUCCCACCCCCCAGGCUUUGACUACAAGACCUGCAACGUGCUGGUUGCCCUGGAGCAGCAGUCCCCAGACAUCGCUCAGGGCGUUCACCUGGACCGCAGCGAGGAGGACAUCGGUGCCGGCGAUCAGGGGUUGAUGUUUGGUUACGCCACGGAUGAGACUGAGGAGUGCAUGCCUCUCACCAUCGUGCUGGCACACAAACUCAACGCCAAGCUGGCCGAGCUGCGCCGCAACGGCAGCCUGCCAUGGCUGCGCCCCGACUCCAAGACACAGGUGACGGUGCAGUACAUGCAGGACCGCGGUGCCGUCAUCCCCAUCCGCGUGCACACCAUCGUCAUCUCGGUGCAGCACGACGAGGAGGUUUGCCUGGACGAGAUGCGAGACGCCCUGAAGGAAAAAGUGAUCAAAGCCGUGGUGCCCUGCAAGUACCUGGACGAGGACACCAUUUACCACCUGCAGCCCAGCGGCCGCUUCGUCAUCGGCGGCCCCCAGGGCGACGCCGGGCUGACGGGGCGGAAGAUCAUCGUGGAUACGUACGGGGGCUGGGGGGCUCACGGCGGAGGGGCUUUUUCUGGCAAGGAUUACACCAAGGUGGAUCGGUCGGCCGCCUACGCCGCGCGCUGGGUCGCCAAGUCGCUCAUCAAAGCCGGGCUGUGCCGCCGCGUCCUGGUGCAGGUGGGUCCCACGGCUCCUCCUUCNAUCUCCAUCUUCCACUACGGCACCUCGCAGAAGAGCGAGAGGGAGCUGCUGGACAUCGUCAAGAAGAACUUCGACCUGCGGCCCGGGGUCAUCGUCAGGGACCUGGACCUGAAGAAACCCAUCUACCAGCGGACCGCAGCCUACGGCCACUUCGGUAGGGACAGCUUCCCCUGGGAGGUGCCCAGGAAGCUCAAAUACUGACGGCUGUGAGGCCCUUUUCCCCCACUCCUGCUGGCGUAGCCUACAGAGAAGCUUUCAGGCUCUUGGGGGAAAAGCCCCCCCUCCC